CUCCGAUGGGCCCCGAUCUGUCGGGGAUGGAUCCCCAUAAUUAUUUUUCAUCUGUCUCCGCUCAUAACUCCAACCCAGAUCUUCAACGCGACCAACUUCAACCUCACCUCCGAGGCGGGAUAUGCUUCAGCGGUAGUAUGCCGGAAUUGCCGCGGUCGCUCACUCGGUCCUGGUCGUCGACGCUGAAACUCCCCAAGUCAACCUUCCCCGCACGCGUGACGCCGGCCGACCAGACAAAGUACCUACAGCGAUGCACCGACGAGCUCUACGCCUGGCAGCGCCGUGAAAGGCCCGCUGACCGACCAUUUGUAUUGCAUGAUGGACCACCAUACGCAAAUGGCGACCUUCACGUCGGACACGCGCUUAACAAGAUAUUGAAAGAUAUAAUUUGCCGAGUGCAGCUGGCUAAAGGGAAGCGCGUUCGGUAUGUGCCAGGAUGGGAUUGCCAUGGAUUACCCAUCGAGCUCAAGGCGCUUGAGCUUCAGAAAGAGCUUGGAAACACCGGGGGAUCUAUCGGUGCUGCUGCUAUCCGAAAAGCUGCACGUAAGCUGGCAGGGCGGACAGUCAAAGAGCAGAUGAAAGGCUUUCGAAGCUUCGGCGUGAUGGCCGACUGGGACGGCCAUUGGAAAACUAUGGAUAAGGAAUUCGAGAAGAGACAACUUGGUGUUUUUCGUGAGAUGGUGGAUAAGGGAUUGAUCUAUCGAAGGUUCAAACCUGUCUACUGGUCUCCGUCUACCGGGACAGCGCUUGCAGAAGCCGAAUUGGAAUACAAAGAUGAUCAUGUUUCCACCGCGGCCCUAGUCAAAUUUCCUCUGGUCUCAGUCCCGCCACAAUUGGCUCAGGACCCUUUGAUACAGCUUAAGGACCUCAGUGCCGUUAUUUGGACUACGACGCCUUGGACCCUGCCCGCCAACGCUGUGAUCGCUGUUCACGAAUCCUUGGAUUAUAUGAUCGUUCAGUCGGAUACUCACGGGCAGCUUAUUGUCGCUCAAUCGCGGUUUGAAUACCUGGAACAUAUGUUGAAGGAGGAUCUGACUGUUAUCAUCCCAUCUAUUCGUGGGUCAGAGCUAGCAGAGCAGACAAAGUAUCGACCGCUUUUCAAGUCAACCGACGCGGAACCGCAGCCGAUCAUAGCUGGGGAUUUUGUCACUGCCGAUUCUGGAUCAGGACUUGUGCAUUGUGCCCCUGGUCAUGGUAUGGACGACUAUGAAGCUUGCGUUCCUCGUGGCAUCCCUGCCUUUGCUCCUGUUGAUGACCAUGGUAAAUUCACCGACAAGGCCAUGCCCAGUGACCCAGCAAGGCUGAGUGGAAAAAGUGUCCUGGGGGAAGGGACAGCCGCUGUGCUCGAGUACAUUGAGUCGCAAGGCUACCUGCUGGCAAAACAUCAGUACGAGCAUAAGUAUCCUUACGAUUGGAGGUCCAAGCUGCCGAUCAUCAUCCGAGCAACUGAACAAUGGUUUGCGGAUGUGGCAGAUAUCCGUAACAGCGCUGUAAAAGCCUUGGAUGAUGUCAGAUUCGUCCCUAGUUCCGGAAAGCAACGACUGGAGAACUUUGUCAAGAACCGUAGCGAAUGGUGCAUUUCACGCCAACGUGCCUGGGGUGUCCCAAUUCCCGCCCUUUAUAAUCGGGCCACAGGCGAUGCUGUGCUCACCCGGGACAGCGUCUCGCACAUCAUGUCUGUGAUCGAGGAACGAGGCAUAGAUGCAUGGUGGACUGACGAUAUGAAUGACCCUGCGUGGAUUCCGCCGACACUGCGAGAAGAGUCUGGACCCGGCUACAGGCGCGGCACUGAUACCAUGGAUGUGUGGUUCGAUAGCGGUACAAGUUGGACAGAGAUCGACACGCCUCCACGCGAUGGAUACCCUGCGGAUGUUUACCUGGAAGGCACCGACCAGCACCGCGGCUGGUUCCAGUCCGGGCUUCUCACAUACAUUUCCCAUCAGCUUGCCCCAGGGCAGACUGCUACUCCUCGAGCACCAUUCAAGAAUCUCGUCACUCAUGGAUUUACUCUCGACGAGGAAGGACGCAAGAUGAGUAAGUCCAUUGGGAAUGUGAUUCACCCACAGUCGAUCAUGGACGGAACUCUUUUGCCCCCUCUUAAGCCGAGAAAAGGCAAAGGGAAGCAACAAGAAAAUAAAGAGCCAGUGUAUGAUGCUCUGGGACCUGAUGCACUUCGAAUGUGGGUUGCAAGCAGUGACUAUACACGGGACGUUGUGAUUGGAAAACAAGUGCUUCAGACCGUCAACACCAGCCUACACAAAUUCCGUGUGACUUUCAAGCUCCUUCUGGGUGCUCUGUCAGAUUUCCGGCCACAGGACCAACUUCAAUACAGCCAGUUGCAGCAGGUGGACCGCAUGGCGCUUUUGCACCUGUCCGAGAUGGUCCUCGCCUGUCAAAAAGCAUGCGAGAAUUUCGAGUUCUACAAGGCUGUGAACGCAAUGAACCGGUGGGCCAAUCUUCAAUUUUCGGCCUUCUACAUGGAGACGAUCAAGGACCGUCUCUAUACCUAUGGUGAGAGCAGCACCAGCAGACGCGCCGCUCAGACGACCUUGUUCCACAUCUAUAACUACCUUCAGGAAAUACUGGCUCCUAUCACGCCCUUGCUUGUGGAAGAGACCUGGGAACAUACCCCAGAAGCCAUCAAGCUGCAAUGCGGGCAUCCCUUGAAGCGUGUAGCCUCGACACCUCCUGUCGAGUGGUUGAACCAGUCUCUUGAGGCAGAUUAUCAGGAUAUCGCAGGGGUCAGUUCGGUCAUCAAAGCUCUACAGGAGCAAGCGAGAGGCAAGAAGCAACUAGGCUCUUCUCUUCAGUCCUUCGUCCAUAUCGUAUUACCUGAGGGCAAUUCGACCGGAUCCGCCUUGAAACGCAACCUGUCGGAGCUCAAUGAUAUGUUCGUUGUCUCUUCAGUUACGCUCGGUGCGCACGGAGAGCCUGUCCCGGCUUCCAUUCUUGACGCAGAGUGGCAGUACAGCGACGCGUAUGAACUUCCCAGCGGAGGAAAGGGAACUGUGUACAUCUACACGCCGCAAGCGGAUAAGUGUCCUCGUUGCUGGCGUUAUGUUGUCCCAGAGCCUCAGGCUGAUGGCACACUGUGCAAUCGUUGCGAGGAUGUUGUGCGAGACCUUGAUGCGUCAACUUCUGGCGAGACUGUUACUAAUGGCACUGCCUAAUUUCUUUUCUGACCCUUGCGUCUGAUUCUUAUUCGUCUAUUCGGCUCUUAGCCGAGUCUAGGUAGCCAUGUACUAUGGUUUCCGGAGCUUGAUUAUGUUCAGUAACCUCCCUCCAUUUCUGGUUCCAAAUUUAGGUAGUAUUACAACGGAUGUGGACCCCGCAUCACGUCAGGGAUUGAAAUGAUACCUAGCCUACGAGA